AUUCAGCAACUCCAUCUCUCUCUCUCUCUCCCUCGGAAAAAAGAAAAAUGCAUUGGUCUAACACAGGUUACGCACCACCACCAAGUUCAGCACCGCCACCGCCACAGUUCCCACCAUCUCCGACGCCCACGGCACCACCAGCACCACAUGAUCCUCAAUUCAUUCAACCCCCAGUCAUCGGGGUCCCGCUGAGUACCCCACCUGUCUAUCAAACUCAACCCCAAGCCCAGACACCAUGGUCGACUGGUCUCUGCGAUUGUUGUGCCGAUGUUCCCAACUGUUGCAUCACUUGUUGGUGCCCAUGCAUCACGUUCGGCCAAAUCGCCGAGAUCGUCGAUAAAGGAUCACUGCCCUGUGGAAUGAGCGGAGCGAUUUACGCAUUCCUCAAUUGGUUCACUUGCUGUGCUUGCAUGUAUUCAUGCAUCUAUCGAGCGAAGCUGAGGCAGCAAUACUCGUUGCAGUCGAGCCCCUGCGGAGAUUGCCUGGUUCACUUUUGUUGCGAGACAUGCGCCUUAUGCCAAGAAUACAGAGAACUUAAAAAACGUGGAUUCGACAUGUCCAUAGGAUGGCAUGGCAACAUGGAACGAAAUCGUGGAAUUGCAGUGGCUCCAAUGGUGGAAGAAGGCAUGACGAGAUAGAUUAUUGAUGGGUCUGUUUAUUGAUUAUGUAGUUAUGUAUCUUUGAUUAAUUGUAUCUGUUUUAUGUGAUGUUAAUAAAAUAAAAUUGAUCGA